CUGCCUGCUUCAAGUUUACUGCCUGACAUUCGCCUCUCCCUUCUUUUGAUCCUUCCACACAGGUAAUCACAAACCUUUAGGUUCCGGGAGUCUUGCGCCUCUCUAUUUCCCAUCGGAAGGCUGAACGUCGUUUUUAUAUAAGACUGACCCUAAGUUCUCGCCGUUUCUCCCUCCCGAGUCACAACACACUCAUAAGUUACCUACCGUAUCACACCCACGAUCAUGGAAGCCUUGGCGUUAUCUUCCAAUAUCAUAGCGGUACUCUCGCUCGCUGGCAAACUUCUUGCGGCAGGAUACCGAUACGGCUCCGGUUCUGCCCAAUUCCCGCCUGAAAUCCGACACCUGGUACAGGAAGUUACGGCGCUCAGUGGGGUCCUCCACGCCGUGAAGAUUCUAGUGGGUGAUCCGGCUAUCAAUACUGGAAUCCCAAGUGGGGGCUCCGGGGAUCUCAUAAGAACUAUGGGCGAGACUGUCGAGCAGUGUCGGAAGUUGAUAGAGGGGAUGUUGAGAGAUUUGCAGAAGUAUGACGUGGCCAACAAGAGGCGGGGUGCUUGGAGGCAUUGCUGGCCACUGAAGGAGAAGACGAGGGAGUGGUGUGAGCGGUUGGAGAGGCAUAAGUCGCUAUUUGAGGUUGCUUUGUCUGUGGAUGAAGUGUGAGUGUUUCGUGAAUCUUUUGGGUGGGUGGGCAGUGGGGGCGUAUCUGAUUUGACAUUAGGUCGUCGGCACGGGAGAUUCGAAACGAUAUAGAGGAUAUUAAGGCAAUUCAAUCUUUAAAAAAGCAGGAUGAGAAACAGGCCGUUUAUGGUAGGUCAUUCUCUGUUCAUGCUAAAUCGUGAAACCUCGGGGUUUCGGGAUAGAUUGACAAAGAUGCUGGGCUCCACAACCGGGGAGGAGACUCGGAUAUCAAACGAGAUUCUUCACUCUGUUGUAUUUAUCUCCGGGAUAUGUCCUUUUGUUCAUCAUUCUUUAUACUUUCGGAUGCUAUUGCUCUUUACUAACACCCCUAGACUCUAUGCUAAACGGAAUCCGAUAUUGGCUUUCACCGGCGGACCCGCAGUCUAAUCAUUUGGCGGCAAGAAAGCUAUGCCAAUACGGUACCGGGCGUUGGUUCACUGAAAGGAAAGAGUUCCAAGACUGGCUUAAGGCGGGCAAAUCUUUUCUCUGGCUGCAUGGAAUACGUUAGCUUCCCUCCAUACAUCCCGCUAAGUUUCAAUUGGUAUGGUAGGAAGGUAGCUGCUAACUAUGGAAAAGCUGGCGCGGGUAAAACGAUCCUAUCGUAAGAAACAUUGCUGGCACGCCGAGAGGGUAAUUGCUGAUCGAUGCGUCUAAGGUCUACUGUGAUUGAACAUAUUUCCACGGAAUUUACCAAAGAGCCCGGCUCCAUACUCGCAUACUUCUAUUGCGACUUCAAGCAAACAUCCAAGCAAAAAGCAACAAACCUGAUAGGAUCGAUCAUCUGGCAGGUAGCAAAUCAGAAGCCCACCAUGCCUCGGGAUGUGGAGAAUUUCUUCCUGGCAAAAUCCGGGGACGGUCCGCCCAGCUUAUCCGGUCUUAUUGACCUUCUCCGGCACCUUUCAGCAAGGAUUCCCAAGCUUGCAAUCGUUGUUGAUGCGGUAGACGAGUGCGGAGAUAGCUUGCAACCAACCAUGCUAGAAACCUUGAGGGAGCUCGCAGGCAUAAGCAAUGUCAAUCUUUUGGUCGUCAGCCGGGACCACCUCAAUAUAAAGCUUCACUUCGAGGGCCUACCCAGACUUGGUAUCCAGAAGAAGGACGUUGCGAAGGAUAUUGAGUUAUUCAUUUCGCAGAGUAUUGAACGAAAGGGAAAGUUGAAACGUCUAUCUAGUCACACUAAGCAGGAGGUUAUCGACGCUUUAGUAAAAGGAGCUCAAGGAAUGUGCGUGAUGUUUGUUACCCCUCAGGUUGAGUAGGUUGUUCUGACCAUUCGCGUAGGUUCCGCUGGGCCAAAUGCUGCCUGGACCAGAUUGGUAAACUCAGAACCGAUAAAGCCAUCAAAUCCGCAUUAGAGUCACUUCCCCCAACCUUGGACGAAACGUACGAAAGAAUUUUAUGUGGCAUAGCCGAGGGGGACCGCGAGCUCGCGCUACAAGUGUUUCGAUUCCUGCUAUGCGGUGACCGGGACUUGACGCUCUCUGAGAUCAGAGAAGGCUUAGCGAUAGAGGUUGGAUCUAAGCGGAUGGAUCCCGACAAUAGGCUUAAUGAUGAAGAAGACAUUCUAGACAUCUGCGGCGGGCUCGUUGAUAGGAACGAGAAGAACAUAGCGGAGUUAACACACUUCUCAGUAAAGGAAUAUUUGAUCUCCCCGAAUUUGGCUAAAGGCAAAGCUUCAUACUACUAUAUCGAUGAAACUCUGGGGAAUGCCGAGAUUUCAAAGAUCAUAUACACGUAUCUACUGCUUGAGGAUUUCAGUGCAGGCCCUUGUAGCACUGUUGCUGAGUUUGAUCUUCGAGGGAGAGAGUAUCCUCUAUUUCUAUAUGCUUCCAAGAGCAACUGGAAACACGUACUCAAGUACGAAUAUGGUUCAGACAUGGCCCUAGACGCCCUACUGGUACGGUUUUAUAGCAAUGAUAAUAAUCCGAAUUUCAAUUCAUGGCGGCAGGCACUGUCCUCCAAAGACGGGAACGUCACCCGUUAUUUGGAUCCAGCGUGUCCAACAGCCACCUUGGUCUAUGCUUCCUUAGCUGGCCUCUGGCAACUGGUUAAAGGGAUAAUUGGCAGAGGCGCCGGCGUCGAUUUCUCUGGGGGCGGUACUGUCACCCCACUACAGGUUGCGGCGGAAUUUGGACACUCUAAAACUGUUAAAGUUCUUCUAAAAUAUGGCGCAAACACAGAAACAAGCGGCGAUGGCGCAAUGCGUAUUGCGGCGGUUAAUGGGCAUGCAGGCUGCAUAAAGGCACUAAUAGAAGCUGGUGCGACAUGCGAAAAGCCGGAUGUCGGCCGGUAUGGAGAUUCCAUUUCUCUGGCAGUGGUCAAUGGACACGAGGACGUCUUGAUUGAAAUCCUGUGUGCGGAGUAUUACACAAAGACAGAGGAAGUCAAGUCCCUCUGGGAAGCCAUGUAUUUGGCUGUAGAGGUAGGGUUCGACCGGGCCGUACAGAUACUCAUAGAGAAAUAUGGUUCCCGGAUCAUCUGCGACAGUAAUGAGAAUUUCCCCAAGACCUUGAAGCUCAUAGCAGAGCAUGGCAGAGUCAAAGCUCUUCAAUGCUUAUUGCAGAAGCCGGAAGCGAUGGAAAUCCUUUUAAGAGAUAAUGUUUUUGCACCAAUGUUGGAGGGUGCUGUCUACUAUGGUCAAGUGAAGAUUGUGGAAUUGCUACUUAGAAAUAGGAAGGGCUCGCCAAGCUUGGGGGUUUCAUUUCACCUUGCGAUUGCAAAGGGGUUUUUAAAGAUUAGCGAGAUGCUACUUUGCGAAGGGGCGGAUCCACGUGCUAAAGAUGAACAUGGCUGGACUCCAAUGUUUUACGCUAUGCAGCGCUUGAAGGAGGGAUCUGUGGAGAAGCUACUAACGGUGCUCGGAGAUGAUGACGAAUCGGAAAUUAUGAACAUCACGGGAAUGGGGCCGGGCAGCUGGGAGGCCAUCGGUAAUUCAACAGGGCUAAAGAUUAGUGAAGAUGGAUGCAGAGUUGAGAAUAGUAAGUAGUAGAUUUCCAAGCGGUAUCCAUUUUUCUAGUGGCGCCCCAAGGCUAACGUCCCCUAGUCUCGACCUCGAAAGAACAACUCCGGACAAAAUUCCCCAUAACCCCGGUCGUAGACGACUACUACUUUGAGGUUCACAUAUUAAAAGCAUCAAAGGACUGCACAAUUGGCUUCGUGGAUGCCAUGUAUUACUAUGUUAUCGAUGGCUUCUAUCUCUACUCUUACCCGCUCGGGGAUGCCCUCCGCUCUUGGGGCUACGUUCCUGGAUUCAUCCGCGCCGAAGAGAGUAAUCUCAUUGGAUCCAUUCCGCAUUUUACCACGAACGAUAUCAUAGGCUGUCAUUUCGACCGCAUAAGAGGAGCAGUCUCGUUCACCAUGAAUGGGAAGCGAGCUGGUAAGAUCUCUUUACCUACUUGUCGGCUCUUGUUGUGCUUACAGAUUUAGGCGAAGUCCUGCCCGGAAUCCGCGGAAAAUUACGUCCAAUGAUUAGACUUGAGCCGGGGGAUGAAAUUCGGGCCAAUUUUGGUGGCGAACCUUUCGUGUAUGAGAUUCCCGAGCCGGCUGCUCCGGAGGCGUACAUUAGGAAGCCCUCACCGGGUUGGCCGAUUGGGGACUGGUAUCAACAUGACAAUGACACUGCCGAGUGA